UAAACAUGCUACAUCGCGGAACCAGUCGGUGUCGGUCGAUUGACGUGCGUGUCGGGUCCGUGUCUGUGUUGUGACCCUGACGGCUGCUGUGAUUUUUUUUGUUUUUCUGUCGUGCAACUUGGAAAUCGGCUGCCAGCGCGAUGGAGGGAGAGGCGGAAGUGAAGUCACUUGACAGACCGUCCAUGUUAUUAUUGUUAUUUUGGUAGCCCUGUGAUGAGGAGACGGGCUGAGGCGGCGGUUACCACAGGUCGCCUGGAACCGACACCGCUGUCACCAGUAUCGCCGCCUCGCAGACCCCGGGACCGGAGCCUCGGUGACGGCUGGGGCGGGGAGGGUGUCGGGACCCGGCUCUGCUCCACUCCGACAAACCAAAAUAAACGCUGAACAGCGACAAAAACAACGUUCCACUGGUGUCUGCGCGGACCGUGACGGACGUGUCGCCGCAGACAUGAACGGAAUCACCAAGAGCCGGUUCGAGGUCUUCUCCAACAGUGAUGAAGCCCCAAUUAACAAAAAACUCCCAAAAGAGCUCCUGCUUAGAAUAUUCUCCUAUUUGGAUGUGGUAACCCUCUGUCGGUGUGCGCAGGUGUCCAAGGCAUGGAAUGUCCUGGCACUGGACGGCAGUAACUGGCAGAAGAUCGACCUGUUCAACUUCCAGACAGACAUAGAGGGCCGGGUGGUGGAAAACAUUUCAAAGCGUUGUGGCGGCUUCUUGAGGCAGCUGAGCCUCCGAGGCUGCCUCAGUGUGGGAGACGCCUCCAUGAAGACAUUCGCUCAGAACUGCAGGAACAUCGAAGUGUUGAACCUGAACGGCUGCACUAAGAUCACAGACAGCACCUGCCUCAGCCUGAGCAAGUUCUGUUCCAAACUAAAACACCUCGACCUCACAUCCUGCGUGUCCAUCAGCAACCACUCGCUCAAGGCCCUCAGUGAUGGCUGCAGAAUGUUGGAGACGCUGAACCUCUCAUGGUGUGACCAGAUCACUCGUGAUGGAAUUGAGGCGCUGGCCAGAGGCUGCGCUGGUUUACGAGCUCUGUUCCUCAGAGGCUGCACACAGCUCGACGACGGAGCAUUGAAGCACCUUCAGAAACACUGCCCCGAACUCACAACCAUCAACAUGCAGUCCUGCACGCAAAUCACAGAUGAAGGCCUUGUUAGUUUAUGUCGAGGAUGCCACAAACUACAAAUCCUCUGCGUGUCGGGCUGCAGCAACAUCACCGAUGCCUCCCUGAAUGCACUGGGACUCAACUGCCCUCGACUUAAGAUCCUAGAAGCCGCGCGGUGCUCCCAUGUGACCGAUGCUGGUUUCACAGUCCUGGCCCGGAACUGUCACGAGCUUGAAAAAAUGGACCUUGAAGAAUGUAUUUUGGUAACAGAUAACACACUUGUCCAGCUGUCUAUCCACUGUCCUCUCCUGCAAGCUCUGUCCCUGUCCCACUGCGAGCUGAUCACAGAUGAUGGCAUCCGGGCACUCAGCAGCAGCACAUGUGGUCAAGAGCGCCUCACUGUGGUGGAGCUGGAUAACUGCCCCCUCAUCACCGACGUCACCCUGGAGCACCUGAAGAGCUGCCAUCACCUGGAGCGCAUCGAGCUCUACGACUGCCAGCAGGUCACCCGAGCCGGUAUCAAGAGGAUUCGGGCUCAUCUCCCUGAGAUCAAGGUUCAUGCCUACUUCGCCCCGGUUACUCCGCCCCCCUCAGUUCACGGAGGAGGCCAGCGCUUGUGUCGCUGCUGCAUCAUCCUCUGACAGUGGAGGGCCAGGGGUGGACACCUCUGUUUGCAGGUUCUGCUGCUCUAAAUUGGGGUAAACGAACAAUGCGCUGGUGUAGGUCCAGGGGAGAGGAGGGGCCGGAUCCAUUCGCUGCUCCUGACUGUCGAUCGAUGCACUGACUGAUCCUUUCAGUGAGCCCUCCUCUCCUCUCCCCUGUUCACAGUGUGGAAUCGGAUAAAACGACGGAACAAGUUUUCCUCUCUGUAUCUUUCUUUCUUACCAAACGGACUAAUGGCACAUGAAGGAUACAAAGUGCUCCAGGAACAUCUUUAAAAUGACAGAAAAAAAAAUGCACGCUGCUUUCAAUCUGCAGUCGAAACCCGAGCAUCAUACAUGCACCAAGCUUGGAAGGAUGGAACAAAGGAAGAUCCAUGUUGGUGGUAGAAGUUCACUUUCCACAGUAUACCAGUCUGAAAAAAGCAGAACAGCAUUCCCAUCAGGCAGUGCCACAGUGGAGAUUCUUGUUUUAAUGGAUACAAAAUAGACUCAGGUUUUGGAAUCCCUCAGUUGGGACCGGCUGUGGGGGCUGGUGUUGGGCGGUCUGGCAAUCUUUUGAUGUGAUUAGACAUGAAAGCUGGGACUCGGUUUGAUACGCACUGUAGAGAGGUGCACUCUGAGUUCAAUUCUAGUUUCAGUUUUCUAAUCCCAAAUUGGGAAACCUAAACCUUAUUACAGAUAAUGGAGAGUUCAAAUAUCAUUUUUUCUUUAAUGGGGCAAAUUAAUUGAAAGUACUACAUCGCAGAAGAACAUCAACCCAGCACUGGCUAUAUGCAGUUUUCCAUUCACAUUGAAAGCAACGUUUGUGCAGCUUGAAAUGAAACGCCCACUGCCUUGAUUGAAAACAUUAGAGACUAUCUGCCAUAUUUGGACGUGGACUUCAGUGAUGAGCUGUGUGGGAUCCAGCAUGACUCCCUGUGGAAUAUCAUUCUCACCCAUCAACUUGGUGACACCUUCCUGUGUUGUGCUCAGAACAACUUUGAGGACAAAGUGCGAGGAAGCUGCAGUACACAUUCGAGAACGGAGGUGGACGAUGUAGAGCGGUCUGGAACUUCUACUGAGAUUUGUACAGAAAACGUUUUGCAUUGAGGAAAAAAAAGAACUACAUGCCUAGAAUGGAGAUACGCAACAGUUUUGUUAUUCCAUUGUAGAUGUCCAAAAAGAGGAGACACAAUCCAGCUUUUUAUGUGGAAAAAAAAAAGAAUUCUAUUUACAAAAAGAAGAGUAUUAUGACGCCUCUGCUGUGUCUGAGUGUCGAUGUCAACAUGAUCCAACCCUGGCAGCGGCUCUGUACGUCAGCUCCUGUACAUCCUGGAUUAGCCCAGUAACACACACGUUUACUACUUACAGAAUGAUCUGCAGGUAAACACCUAUGUUUCGGUCAGAGUAAAGGAAAAAAAAACAGUUGACAGAUGUAUCUAAUUAAAUAGAAAGCAUCUAGAAACUAUAUAUUUCCAAUCAAGUGGUUAUGGAAAUAAGAGUCGAGCUUUUAUCUCAAGGAUGAAACUAAGCGUCCAAACAUCUGAUGCACAAAUAUAUGUCAAAUAUCAAUCAAAGGUUUGAUUGAUAUUUGACCAGGAACCAAACUGUAUUUGAUUGUAGUUUUCAAAUUUGUGGAAAUGUCACUGAAAGGUUUUGAUAUCAGCACUGUGUUGGUCCAGCUUGUGUGAAGGCAGCCGCAGACGCAGCAAGUCCAGAUAUUAUGAAGUUUUAUUGUGCUACCUUUCUCAACAUCUUUGAGUUCUCUUUCUAAAAAAAGCCACCACUGGAGAGCUUAGAGUUCAUUUUGCAUUGUUGUCCUCAUUCAAAUGAAUCUGAGCUGAAAUAGAAAAGGAAAUGUGGUCGAGGGUGCGUGUGGCAGGAAGAUCAAAAGAAGUUGCUUCUUUAUUGCCUUCAUGUCCACUGAAAGACAGGAGUCAGAAUGAUUCUAAUAUACGUCUACCUUUAUUCCACGUUAUAUUUUUUACUGUAACUGAAGUGGGGCUCCAUCUAGCGAUUGUUUGACUGCUGCUGACACAGUCAUUUAAACAAUUUGUUACAUGUUGUUUUAUAAACUUACAUUUUAUUUGUUCAAAAUGGGGUUUUAACAGUAUGUUAUACUUCAGACCCUUUGACGGCAGUUCUGUAAGCCUCUGACUGUAGACUGAGGUGACCUCACACCACACCUCACAUUGGCUGAAGCAUGAGCAACUCAUUUGAUUCAAUUAUGGUCGAUUCAUCGUUGCAGUCCUAAACUUAUGUUACCUUAUUUUCUUUUCUUCCAUGCAAUUCUGUUUUGUUUUUGGAAUAUCGAUCUUUAAACGAGAGCUCAGGUGAUGAAAACAUUGGCUAAGAGGAAGCUUAAACUGAUGAAGGGCUGUAGCUGUAGCUGCCCUUCCGUUCCAGGCCCAACAUGCAAGCUGUCCAAAGUGGUGCUGAACAGAGGGUGUUUUAAAUUUAAGAGUAGUGACAGAGGGCGUGACAAAGAUCAAUAUCACUUGGUGACAGUCUAAAAAGCUUGAAAUACACAAGGCCUUGGUCUGUUUGAUUGAUGAUGCGUGGAAUAUAACGUUCCUUUUAUCUUCAUUAUACUAGCAACUACUACUAUCAGGAGCUCACUGGUCGAGCUGAGAGAUUGGCAGGAUCUUGGAUUGGAAUUAGAAUUGUGGGAAUAAGAAAAAAAUGGAUUUGACUGGCUGUGACACUAACUCCCUCUCAUUGUCAGAUGUUUUAACCCUUUUCGAGAAAACCAAGGAAAGAAUAAAGUGAAUAAUGUGU